AAUCACUCUUCUUCACAUCUAUUUGCAAAGUAUGCUGGUGGUACUGAGCCACUAUGUUAUGCAAUUUUCUUCCCCCCCUCAUAUUUCCAGGGUUUGUUUUGUACUAGCAACUUUUCUUUUCUCUUUCCCAUCCUUCCUCUGACCCUUCCUUUGUGUCUGUUACUGGGUAAAAUGGAUUAUUAUUUAAACGAACGUCAUUUCAGUUGCUUCUGUUCUGCUCUCGUGCUGCUGUUUUGGAGCUCUGGACGUUUAUAAAGGAAUAAGCAGGGGAAAUGGAACCCUGGGGAUUGGGAAAUGGAAGCAGAGUGUUUAUUAAUCUUCCUGUCAUGCACUUAGCCUUCAGCAUUUUUGACUAUAUUGUGUUUUUUUUCAAUUCUAAAUUACAGAAUAGUUUUUUAACCAAUUUGCUUUGAGAAACAAUGGUUCUGAACUUCAAAUCUGCUCUUGUGCUGGUUUGUUUUCUGGUCUCUUACCUUCUCCAGAAAUAGAAAGCUGCUUUGAAGCCAUUUACUCAUUGGAGGUAACUGUGAUUGAAUGGCCAAGUUGAUAUUUAGUCGCUGUAAGAGUAAGCAGGCUCAACAGAGCUUAGUGUUUGGGUUUGUCUUGGCUAACGUCAGCACCUCAUUAGCUCAACCCUGCUGCGCUCAUGGCUCAUUGGCUCACAGGCAGUGGUGCAGAGGCCUAGCAUGUUUCCACUGAGCUACUUCCUGUAUGUUCACUCACUUUCCUUUCAUCUAUAUCUCCAUUCCUUUCUAAAAAAAUUUAACUUACCCUCAUAGCCUCACCCUUGCCUGUACUCCAGGCUCUAGAGAGGAUGAUGUAUAGCAUUGUCAGUGAGUGAUAUCAUCUCUGACAAGCUCAUGAAUCCUAGCAGUCUGCUCUGAAGCUUGUUUUUCCACAUAAUUCCUGGCAUUAAGUCUCGUCUACCUCAUCCAGCAUGUCCUUCUCUGUCUUCUUGGUCCAACCCAUUUUAACAGCAGAUCCACCAGUUCCAUUUAUAUAACCCUUACACACUCGUCUCUGACCUCUUCUUCUCUCAUGGUGGCGCAUUUGCAACUCCUACCCAGUGCAUUGUUCUCCAUGUAAACCCAGCAGUGACAGCUGUGCUCAAUAUCAGCAUUUUAAUGUGAAACAACCACUCAACCUGGAGUUUCCAGUACACAUCCAAACUGUGGUCAUAGCCUUACACUUUAACACAUAGGAGCCUUUGCAGAGCUAGCAAAAUAAGUAAGUCAUUUAAAUUCUUAUCAUAAAUUAAUGAUGCUGAGAUAUGUGUUCAGACUUGUGCUGUCUAACUGGAUUUGUUAGCCGUAUUAGAAACAUUAUGGAAAUUACUUCUUUCAAGUCCUUCUGUGUGUAUGAUUCUGGGAAUGAGAAUUAAAAUUUUCACAAUAAUCUGACUACAGAAAAUUCUUAAUUGUUCGCUGGACUGUAGGGUUGGGAAUCUCAAGGCACCUCACGAUUUGAUUUUGAUUCAGAGGGCUACGAUAAGGUUAUAAAACAAUUAUCGAUGCAUUAAAGAAUUUGAUUCCUUUACACUCUGUGACUACAUGAGGUGUUCAUCUUCACAAGCCUCAUGAUUUGUGCUUUAAAAAAGUAUUUUAGACUGUUACUACAAGUGUGCUGUAAUCUAAAAAAUAAGGUUUUCAAUUAAAAUAUCAGACUACAGUCAACAAUUGGCUUAUAACAGUGGUCAGUGCUCUCCACAUUGAUUUGACAUUCAUUUAGUUUACACUUGUGUGCUGCAUCUUAAGUCCUUAUGUAUCAGGUUUGGCCCUUCUGGCGUCCCUUGGCAGCAUCUAGGCACAUUACUCCGCUGAGAUUCUGCUCCUCUGCUCUUUUUUCGAAUCACUCACACUUAGAGCUGAUCUUUAUAAAAACCUGCUGAAUUAAUAUUUAUGUUUCUGGAUACACAAGAUUAUCAAAAGUCUCUUCUUCUGCAAAAAAGAUUGUGGUUAAAAAUUAUGCAGCGGUGGGACAUCGCUAAAAGAACUUGCAUAAGAGAAAAUAUGAAUUGAUUAUGUUCUGUCUCUGCAUCGAUUCAGAGUCAUGCAUGUCCGCAUUGCGAUGCAUCGAAGAAAAUCAAUACAUUUGCUCACCUCUACUAGUCUAUAUUGCAACAUACAAUAAUAUAGAUGGUCUUUCAGAGCAGGUGGUCCUAAUAUCUCCUUAAUUUAACAGAUUAUUCUGCACGGUUUUGUUUUAAUGUGGUCUGAGUAAAUGGUGAAUCGUAAAGUCUGAUUUAUUUACCACAGUUUGGACGUGGUCGUUCAGUUGGGCAUUGCUGUAAACCUCUUGUAUCUAUACUGCUAGUUUGUGAACUCCACAUUUAGACACUAACAUGUUGAUUAUGUAUUGGUGAGCUUCCAGGGACGCACAGAUCCGAUGACUGGCUGUUAAACUGUGUCUUUGCUGCUCCAGCACCUCUCCCUCAUGUGCAUAUAUGGCCUUGCUUCCUUGUGUCAUCUCCGAGGUAUUCUCAGCUUGACCGUGGCCAGCGACCAGAGUAGACCAGGAAGCUGCUUCAUUUGGGCAGUGUGCAUGGAGGCUAACAACACUGCAGAAAUUUCUGAGUGUAGCAUUCAGUGUCCAUAGUUGUUUAUUUCCAUGUGGCCUUGGACAGCUGAAUAGCAAUCUGUUUGAUGUGAUAAGAAUGUGUGCUUUGUGUGGCUGAGAGAACAAGUUGCAGGAGCUGACUGUGCUUGUUUUUGCCGCUGGCACCACUGACGUGGUUAUAUAAGCAUCCUGCUUUGUGGGCAGAUGAGACUGCGGCAAAGUGUCCAGUUGUUGUGUAGGAAUUAAUGACCCGGUGUUGAAACCCACUAUCUCUGUUCAAAUUUAUUAAGGAGUUGGCUUAUAGCACAGUUGCACCCUUUAUCUCACUACGUCUGCUGGAUAAUAAUUAUUAUCUUACUCUAUUUUCCUGUCCUCUUGCCAGAAGAGAAGGUUUUUGAAAUCUGAAGUGAAAGCAUUGUGUCCCCUUUUUAAGUUUUUCACUGUAUUGACUAUGUCCUUAUUCUUCUUUUGUCCUUUUUGCCCCUUUUUUAGGUAAGGUUUGUUGGAUCCCUUCUGUAUGUCAUUAUGUGUGUGUGCGCGUGUGGGUGUGUUUUCUUUCUCCCACUCUGCCGUUGACUUCAAUGUAACACCCUUUUACAGUGUACUGUAGGCUAAUGGCCUCUGUCAGCUUCUUCCUCUUUGCUGCAUAAUCACUAAACCUUUAUUUCAAUCUGUUCGAGAGAAAAAUGCUUCGAUUUAAACCAAGAACAAAAAUCUCUUUUGAAUCGAGGUAGAUGUAGGAACCCAUGAUUCCAUCAAAUCCCUUAGAAUCAUCAUCUCCACGUAUUUUAGAUUUGUUUUUCCUCUUUGAGUUUCCGUGGCUGCUGUCGGGUAUCUGAUUGGCUGUAACCACGGCUCAGACUUUGAAUGGCUUGCAGAGUAGACACGUUUUCCCCCGUCUGCUUGUUUGCCUGUUUCUACCUCCAAACCUGUUAAACUUGUGUGAAUGUGUGUGGUCAUUAUGUGGGACUGAGACACAUAUGUGUUUGUGGAUGUGUGUGUCUGUUACUGACCGGGCAAUAGAGUCAACUUACAGGGAAAACCUCACCACCCUUCUACACCCGUAGUCUCUGUCCCCAUGGUUACACUCCCAUCCUCCCCCUGUUUAUUUGCUCCUCCUGCACAGCAUGUUUGUCCCAGAGGUGCACAAUUGCCUGCCCCAGACUGUCACUCACCUGGGUCUUUAAGCAGUGGAGGAGGUAAUGCACUGAACUCCCACUUUCACAGUCCAAACGGCUGCACAGUUCACAUUUUUAAGUGUAUUAUGGCUAAAUAUUGUAAUGCAGAAACUGCUCUAAGCACUGCUUAAAGCCUUGCUGGCUACUUCCUCAGAUACAUUUUAUAUGUGUGUUAUAUGUCCACUUUUUGUGGGGUUAAGCACAUCCCCAAACAAGCUUUGUGGCUUUAAGCUAGGGAGGAAAUGAAAGAAUCUCAGGGAGAAUUACUAACUGGGCUGACAAGCGUUUGCAAAGCAAAAAGCUCAAAGGGGGAAAAUGGUGGUUGUCCCUAGAGGUACUUAUCUUCUCAUCUCAAUAUAUUUGACCAAGUUUAAAAAGGCUCAAAUGUUUCCCUGUACCACGCACUGUAAAAGUAGAGGUUAGCUUUGAUUCACAAUUUGUUAAAUGAUGCAACUCCUUUCUUCCGUUAACUGUACGACUUGCAGUACCAUUCGUUUUUUUUAUCACUCCCUCACCCAGUACAGCUCCUCCAAAAGUUUUUACUUUAUGGGGUUCUUUGGCUCGGCUAAGGUAAAAAAGUAAUUAGUACUAGUAGUGUAACGGACCACGGUUGAUCAGUUCGGAAUGCAUGUGAAUUGCAGAUUAAUGGCAAAGUUUACAUUGUUUUAAAGUUUAUCGCUUGCACUUUUUAAAGUAAUGAUGGCAUAAAUCUCAAUCCAGAGAUGUGGUUAAAUCAAAGUAGUAACAUGUAAGUCAUAUGUAUGGGAGCAUUUAAGCUUCCCAGUUAAAUCUACAGGGACCGGGCCAUUACAAACAGUGUUUUCCAAAAAAUUGAUUCAGUCUGUGGGGGUAGCGCUGGUGCACCUGCACUGCUAACAGUUUGCUCUCUUGUGCAACAGAGGACGAAUGACAAGUGCACAGACUAGAAAGUAAAAAGAAUAGUUCUCUUGUGUGAGAGAACGACAGUGUAUGCCAUUCUUGGUUAUGCAAACAGCUGCAGCUAUGACGUCUCAAUGCUGGCUGGGCGAUAUGGGAAAAAAUCUUAUCAAGAUCAUUUUUUUGCGCAUCACUCGAAUUCGAUAUAUAUCACGAUAUAGAUCAAAUCGCUAUUUCUGCCAUAUCUAAUUCAGAUGGUAAAACAGAUAAGUGGUAUAACCUCUUUGUGGAAACUUUCUACACAAUUUUGCAGUGUUUGCUUCUCUGCUUCAUGUCGGACUUUAAAUACCCAAAAUAUCUCCACACCACCUAAUUCUCUUGACCCUUUAUUUUAAGCAAUGUCGUCGUCUUUUGAGCCUUGGGCUGUGUACGUAUGGGAGUGUUCUUCGGAAACGCUGUCGCUCAAGUUUUGGUUAAAAUGUUCUGUCGUCAUUUUCUCUUUUAGCUCACUCCAACUCUGGGCGUGCUGUUGUGCACAGCGGCUGUAGCCAAAACAGUAGCAUGUGUGCUGCUGCCAGCUGCUACUUCUACGCUCUGUGUUGUGUGCGUUGCGCUGCACUAUUCUCAUUAUCAUUGGCUGUUCGUGUUGUUUGUCAAAACAUACAUGGAAUGAGUUAUAUCGACGUUGUAUCGACCAUGUCUUGUAUUUCUAUAGAGGAAUUGUUAUUUCGAUAGAUAUAUAACAAUUUUUAUCGUCUUAUCGCCCAGCCCUAUGUAGCGGUAUAAAUUGGAAGUUGGCGGACCACCACAGUCUAGAAUAAAUGGGGAAACACUGAAGACAAAACAAUAACUUAAGUGAUUUUGUAUUUACUGUCAUGUUGCAAUUUAAUAUUAAGUAUUUUGUUUUAAAACUUGAUUUAAACAUUGACGGCUUGAGAGUAUACAAGUUCUUUAAUAAAAAAAUCUAUUUAUAUUUGUCUCGCUUUUUUUAUAACAUUAGUAAAAAAAAAAGAUCCGAUCCUUGACUAAAAACCAUGAUCUGAUCCGAACUGUGAGCUUUGAGCUCCGUUGCACUGCUACUAGUUCAAUACAUCUGUAUUUUUCUUUGCUACUACAAGGAUAUAUGACAUUUGGUAUACUUUGUAAGGGGUGGUUGUUUGGUUUCCUGGGGGCAUACUGUGGUUGAGAGAGAAAGAUGAUGCCAGGUUUAGGGGCCUGGGCACUGGGACCAGUGGUUUGAAGAGAGUGGUGAGAGGAAAUCCCUGUAAGCACUUAGCCCUGAGUAAAGAGAUGAGGGGGGUGGGGGGUGACACACUGAAGCCCCUCUGGUAAUAAACCCCCCAUAACCCCACAAUCACACUCCCAACCCUACCCUCCCUUCUCUAUGUGCCUCAAUCUUCCUGCUUAACCAAUUGGUGUUUCUUUUUUACAGCGAUUUGAUCCUGCCCAUGUUGUGCUGAUGGUAAACUUAGUGGACGCACCGACCCUGUGCCCAUUACCCUCAAAUAUGAUGUCAUGGGGAUGGGACGGAUGGAGAUGGAGCUGGACUAUGCAGAGGACGCCACAGAGAAGAGAAGAGUCCUGGAAGUUGAGAAGGAGGAUACAGAGGAACUGCGGCAAAAAUACAAGGACCAGGUGGAAAAGGAGAAAGCCAUUGCCAAGGCUCUGGAGGACCUGAGAGCCAACUUCUACUGUGAGCUAUGUGACAAACAGUACACCAAGCACCAGGAGUUUGACAACCACAUUAACUCUUAUGACCACGCUCACAAGCAGCGGCUUAAAGAGCUGAAGCAGAGAGAAUUUGCUCGUAAUGUGUCCUCACGUUCACGAAAGGGGGGAAAGAAGCAAGAAAAGAUGCUACGCCGAUUACACGAGCUGGCUGAGCAGAGGAAACUCCAGGAUCGUACUCCAGGAAGUGGGCCCAUGUUCAAACCGACCACAGUGGCUUUGGACGGAGAGAAUGCAGAAGAUGGUGACAACACGAUGCCCGACAACCCUGCUUUGACAGAUGAGGCCCUUGAAGGAUCAUUGACCGAAAAAAGUGGGCAAACCUCCCCGAAGCCUGGCCCAGCCAUCAGCUUCUCUCUAGGAAAGAACAGCUCCUCAUCCCCGACCCCAAGUGGUUCGUCAAAAGUCAGUGUUUCCUUCUCUUUUGCCAAGAAAGCUCCAGUAAAGCUGGACACGGCGGCUGCAGUGUUUGCUGAUCAUGGUGAGGAGGCUAUGGAGGAAGACGAGAACCAGGAAGGGGAAAAGACAGCAGAACAAGAGGAGACGACUGACUGCGGAACAGAAAGCCCGAAGGGAAUAUCAAUAGGGGUUGAAGUAGCAGAGGUUGGUGGUCCAGCAGGGACGGAAGAGGUGGAGCAGCCUGACGAUGGAGGCUCUCUAGCCUCCACACUCAACAAACUGAAGAUGAUGAUGAAAAAAGAGGAAGGAUAUGCUGGACAGGAGCCUCAGUACUAUCACUAUAUACCUCCAGCUCACUGCCGGGUAAAACCUCACUUUCAGUUUUUGCUGUUCAUGAAAGCCACUGAUCAGUCUCUGAUCAAAGCAGAAGAAGAAGAAGAUGAUGAUGAUGACGAUGAUGAUGAUGAUGAAGAGGAAGAGGGGCCAGAGGAAAAAAAGGGUGAAGAUUGUCCUGAACAGACAGAAUCCAAUGUUGCAGAUUGUAAGACUGAUCAAGAACAAAAUAAUGAACCAAAUCAAGAACAAGGAGAUGCCCCUCCAGCUCUUGACCCAGACCCAACUCCUCUUUCGCCUGACGUGCAGACAGAGAAGGUUUCUUCAUGCGCAGUAGACAUAGCUUCUACGGUACCCACUUCACCUAUACAAAAACCAGAGAGCACACAGGAAAUUCCGGAUUCAAAUUCAGGCCCUAAAAUCCCCACUGGACCCUUCUUCCCAGUUCUUAGCAAAGAUGAGAGCACGACCCUGCAGUGGCCCUCUGAGCUCCUCGAAUUUACAAAAGCUCAGCCUUCCCUGUCUUACAGUUGUAAUCCCCUUUACUUUGACUUCAAGCUAUCCCGCAACAAAGGAGCGCGUGGUGGUAAAGUAGCAAAGUCCUCUAAGCCUGAAGAAUCUGAUGACAAGGGACAAGAGGUAGCGACCUCAACAGCGGAAGUGGAUUCAACGACUAAACCUGGGACCAGCACUGACAAAGAUAAGCCAUUGACGAAGGGAGAACCUGGUAAAUCAGAAGGUGAUCAGCCAAAGCCUGCAACUGACAGCAGUAGUGUCAAGAAAAAGAAGAAAAAGAAGAAGCAUAAGAAGUCUGCGAAGCACUCAAAACACAAAGAAAAAGCAGCAGCAGAAGGUGCUGAAGGAGAGACAGAAGCAACACAAGAAAAGCCCAAAAAGAAGAAAAAACACAAACGGAAGAAGAGCAAAAACAAAGCUCCUGAUCAGGAUGAGGCAACAGGUGAGGAAAAAGAUAAAGCAAAACCAAAGUCAGAAGAUAAAGCUGUUUCCUCCUCCGUUCAGCUGACACCUGCAGGGGGAGGAGCUACAGGAAAUACAGGAGUUGAGCUGGGGAAGAGGAAACGUGCUACUAAGGAAGUGCCUUCCAAGUCUGGAGCUGAGGAGGGAAAAACCAGAAAAGGUACCGAUAAGGCCAACGCUUCAGAGGAGCACAGUGGCCCCAAGAGACAAAAGACCGACUCCAGUGCAUCUCAAAGUGCCUCCUGCUCCACCUCAGCCAAGAAGAGUCCUGGUCCAGGUAGACCCCCUAGCAGUGAGAGUGAAGAAGAAGGCGGCUCAAACACUCAGCGCUCUCGUCAUCACAGGUCAAGUCCCCGGGAACAACGCCGCCACCGAAGUGAGGAAUCAGGGCGGUCCCGUAGUCGUUCAUCAAGACGAGGGGAUAGACGGGAGAGCAGCCGUCGGCACAAUCGUGGCCAAACCUCCCACAGUCACUCUGACUCCAGCAGCUCGGAGCGCUCCUCAGCAGGCAGCAGUGCCUACAGCCACCGCAGCCGCAGCUACUCUGACAGCUACAGUGACUACAGCAAAGAGGGACGCAGACGGCGGCGCAAGCGUUCAUCAGAGUCAGAGUACGAGCGGAGAGGUAGCCGAGGGCGCAGACGAUCUAGGAGACACCAGCACUCCUCUUCUUCCUCAGAUGACUCCCGCUCACGUUCACGCAGCUACAGUCGCAGAAAAAGGCACCGACGGCACCAUCGGAGCAGUUCGAGGAGCUCCAGCAGCUGGAGCCGCAGCACCAGCGCAAGAUCCUAUAGGCGCAGCUACAGCCGAAGCCACAGCUCAGCCAGCCGCUCCUCCAGCUCCGCCAAAGUCUCCCCGCAACGACGAGGCCCUAGGGGUCGAGGUGACAGUGACGCACAACGCAGAGACUUUAACCGCUCAAACAUCUACCGCUCCCAGUCUCCACGUUCAUCUUCAUCACGAGGCCUUAACCGCAAGACCCAUUCAUCCAGCUCACAGGCUCUGAGGCUUGGAGGAUCCAGAGAUGCAGGGGAACAGAAAAACUCCCUGACAGCACGGCAACUUCUGGAGAAGAUUCAGUCCAAAAAAAGCUCAAACGAUUCUGGCACUGGAACAAAAACUGGUCUCAAGAUUAAAGACCCCCCUCAGGGCUACUUUGGCCCAAAACUACCCCCGACCCUGGGAAGUAAAGCUCUGCUUCCACUUUUUGGUAAACUGCAGGCAGGGAAGAAACCAGUGAUUCCUUUAACCAGACCAGAUGAGGGAGAGAAAUCAGGAACGGGGAAGGGCUCUGAGGCGGAGAGAGAAGUUAUCCUAGAGGAGCCUAUAAGAGAGUUCCCCCCUCCACCUCCACCUCCAGCUCCACCAGUCCAAAAGGUUGAGGAGGCUCCACAGAGCACAGUGGUACAUGAGGAGACACAGCAGCCCACGACAGAAGUCCAAGUGCACCAAGAACCCCUGCCAUUGUUCGAACAGGAGCCUUCCAUAAUGAUGCCUCAGUACCAAGCAGAUUCAGAACAGGACCCCUCACAGAACCCCAUGAUGGAGUCCCUCAUGCCAGAAAUGCAGCAGCAGCACCCAAUGCACGCCUACCCUGCUUAUCCACCACCCAACCUGGAGGAGGACUGCAUGGAGGCAGAGGAGGACGGCCUGGCUCCUCUAGAGAGUCAGCCCAUUACGUUCACACCAGAGGAGAUGGAGAAAUACAGCAAGCUACAGCAGGCUGCACAACAACAUAUCCAGCAGCAGCUUUUAGCCAAGCAGGUCAAGACGUUUCCCUCCGCAGCAGCUGCAGCCGCCGCUGCAGCAGCAGCUGCCAACAUGGCCCCGGCUCACCCUCCACAAGCUCUGCAGCAGAUCCACAUUCAGCAGCCAACUAUGUCCUUAGCCUCCGGCACAUCAAUCACCACAGUGCAACACGCCAUCUUGCAGCACCAUGCUGCCGCUGCUGCCGCCAUGGGCUUACACCCAGGACAUCACCACCACCACCACCACCAACACCCGGCGCAUGCCCAGUUGGCACAGGUGCAUCAUAUUCCUCAGCACCACCUCACCCCCAUCUCCCUCUCUCAAUUCGGCCACUCCCUGGGUCACACUUUGGGACACCAACUGGGACACCAACUGGGACAUGCUGGGCUGAUUCCUGCACACCCGACAGCCUUCCUCUCUGGUCAGCCCAUACAUAUUAUACCUGCUUCUGCACUUCAUCACUCCCCUUUCGCUAUGCACCACAUCCAAAACGCAGCCCUCUACCCCACACUCUUCUCACCUCGGCCCUCACAGGCCGCUGCAGCAGCAGCUCUCCAGCUCCACCCACAGCUCCACCCUCUGCUACACCCAAUCUUUUCUGGGCAGGACCUCCAGCACCCACCUAACCAUGGCUCAUGAGUUAUUCUGAAAGUGAAGGAGUUAAAUCACAGCUCUGGUGGAAAGACUUUUUUUUCUGAUGAAGUCAGACUUGCAGUCAGUGUAACGAGAUGCUCGUCAAACCACCGUUUUACAGGCCAACACAGUGCAGUAAGUUGUAGCCACAAAGUGGUGCUGCUUGUGUUGGCUUCAAAAUUGACACUAAGACUUUAUCAAGGGUUUGCCCUGUACUUUUAAAGGCAGGAGGUCAAUUUGAAGCGAUAUUCCAUGUAGGGGGAAUAUUAACAUGAACCAAUUUGUUUGAAUGAUGGAACAGAGAAACCACUGGAGUUUUGUUAUUUGUUUUCCAUAUAAACAUAUUAUGACCACAGAUUUUGCUUAUAUUGGUAGCCAAAGAGAGAUGUAACGGCUGAAGCUAUAAGCAGGAUAGGUCAGAGGAGGAAGUGGAGGAGGAGGUCAAACAGCUUAGUCUGUAAUGUAAUUUUCAUAGUGAUGCUUUUUUUGUUCUCAUACGACUACUCGCUUUCUAUUGGAUCCCUGGUCUCUAAAUAAUUUGUAAUGCAGUAACUUGUACAUAUAUCAGUGUGUAAUGUGAAGAAUCCCACCAAUGAUGACCGGAUGUGAUUAUAGCUACGAUGUCCAAAUCAGCAUGACAUUGUCAUUAAGGACCCCCCCCUCUCCCUCUCAAGGGGAAAAGUAACGCAGGGGGUUUUAAUAUCCCUAAUGCUUGGAGGUAAAGAUCUUGUUCUCUGUGGUGAAGGUACACCUGAAUUAAUUGCACUGAAACCUGUACAUCAAAAUGGUGCUUUUGCAUCGUGUAACAAUAAGAUUGUAGUAUACUGCAAUAACUGUAUUUUUCUGUUUUUAAAUUAUUUUCCAAAAUGCUCUUCAAAAGAAGGGCUGUGUUUUUUUUCUCUUCCUUUGGUGUAAUUUUGUAAAUAAAACUGCUGUAGAUUAACCUAUUAACAUUCUAGAGGUUUGAAACUGCUGUGGGGAUGUGGGGGGGGAACAGGAUGACAAGUUGGACGGAAAAUAGACGCCAUGUCUUUUUCAAAGGUUAUUUCUAAAUUACCCCCGGAUGAGAUGGGCUGGGAUGGAAAAGGAUAGUGAUCUGUCGAACAGUAGCAACGCUGUAUUUUAUAAAGACUUACUCUGUUUCAGCAAAUAAAACAUUGAGUUCA